AUCCACAUUGGAGAGUUUUGUUCUCCUCCUACAACCAGAGACUGAGAGAUACAUUUAUCAGAUCUCUCUCUCUCUCUUUCGAACAUUAGAGUUUGUGAUUGUUUGAUUUUGUAGAACAUCUGUAGAAAUGGCCAACAAUGCCAAUGCUACUGCUUACAAACACCAGAAGGCUGAAGGACCAGCGACAGUUCUUGCCAUUGGCAAAGCCACUCCUCCUACAGCCUUUCCUCAGAGUGAAUAUCCAGACUUCUUCUUCGACAUCACCAAUACCAAUCACAAAACACAACUCAAAGCCAAAUUUGCUCGCAUAUGCAAAAAUUCAGGAAUCAACACAAGGUACUUUCACUGCACAGAAGACAUCCUGAAGGCCAAUCCUUCGAUGUGCACUUAUCUUGAACCUUCUUUGGAUAUUCGACAAGACAUCGCCAUCAGAGAAGUUCCCAGAUUGGCAGAGAAGGCAGCGAUUGAAGCCUUGGCAGAAUGGGGCCAACCCAGAGAUCAAAUCACCCACGUCGUGUUUGCAACAACGAGCGGGGUGAACAUGCCCGGAGCUGAUCUCACUCUCACCAGGCUUCUCGGAUUGAACCCGAAUGUGAAGCGUACCAUGCUCUACCAGCAAGGGUGCUUUGGAGGAGCUACGGUUCUGCGAGUCGCCAAAGAUCUGGCUGAGAACAACAAGGGCGCCCGAGUAUUGACGGUGGUGAGCGAGCUCACCUGUGUAACGUUCCGCGCACCCAACGAGGAACAUUUGGACAAUCUGGUGGGUUCAGCCAUCUUCGGCGAUGGAGCUGCAGUCCUCGUCAUCGGUUCUGACCCGGUCCCUGAGGUGGAGAAACCCCAGUUCGAGAUUCACUGGUCAGGUGAGACCAUUCUGCCAGAGAGUGAUGGCGCCAUCGAGGGACGCCUGACUGAAGCAGGCCUGAUUUUCCAUCUGCUGAAGGAUGUUCCCGGCCUGAUCUCAAGAAACACUCUUCCCAUCUUCAACAAGGCAAUUGAGGUGGCAGGAUCCCCAGGCUGGAACGAUCUGUUUUGGUGUGUGCACCCGGGAGGUCGUGCCAUUCUUGACGAAGUGGCCAAAACAUUGAACUUGAAGCCAGAGAAGAUGGAGGCGACGAGAGAUGUGCUUUACAACUACGGCAACAUGUCUGGUGCUAGUGUGCUAUUUGUCCUGGAUCAGAUGAGGAGGCGGUCAGCUGAGAAGCAUAGCAUCACAACUGGAGAAGGGUGUGAAUGGGGACUCGUAGUGGGUUUUGGACCUGGUUUGACGAUUGAAGUUUCGGUUUUGAAAGCAAUUGCUACUGGUCACUAAAUUUCUUCGAUUUAGAUCUUCAAAGACAAUCCCACUUUCCACAAUCAAUAUUUGUUCAGUAACUAGAUCAUUGAAGAUAACACUUUGAACACUCAGGAAGCACGAUGCUAGAUAAGAUUAAUUUCCAGGAGUCUGAGAGGCGGGUGCAGAGUAAGAUACGUUUAAUUAAGAAGUGAGUUUACACUCUUGGGAUCAAGUGUAACAUAGACGGGUAGAUCCGAAUCUGAGACGUCAAUGAUUGUCUUAAAGCUGACGACCAUCUCGGAAGGCAUGAGCUGAUCAAGAUAUGUGCUUUACGAGGAUUGUAAAUAAUCAACACAAAAUGCUCGAAAUAAUUUAAGAUAUACUUUCCUACUU